AAUCAUCACUAAGCAAUCAUAUGUUGGUGGUUAUAAUUCUAGGCUAUUUUUGUGUUGCAAUUUUUUUAAAUUUUAUUUUUGAUUAAUAAUGAAUAAAAUCAAUGGCACAUUUAUGUCAUUAUUUUGGCACAGUAAUAUUAGAAAGUCAUAUGCGUCAGCUGCUGUACUCGGGCGUACCCUUUCAUUCAAAAGUGAUUUAUCACUGGAAAAAUUGUAUCCGAACAGCCGUCAACAGCUUUACACACCACCACCGCCGACUAACAAAGACAAGUUCAGCGGGUAUAUACCAAUAAAUCAACUAGAAGUCACCUAUAGUCGCAGCUCGGGUCCAGGUGGACAGCAUGUGAAUUGCGUAAACACUAAAGUUGAUGUGCGUUUUAAACUGUCGGAAGCUGAAUGGAUCCCAGAGAAAACAAGACAGAAAUUGCUUAAGGCGCUACAAAAUAAAAUCACCAAAGAGGGUUAUUUUGUAAUGAAGAGCGAUUUAACCCGUUCGCAGCAGAUGAAUGUGGCUGACGUUUUGGAGAAGUUACGCUGCUUAAUACGAAAACAUGAAAUAGAAGCCGCACAACCUACUGAAGACACAUUAGAAAAACAACGGAGAAGACAUGAAAAAGCUGUGCGUGAACGUUUGCAAGUAAAGCGCCUGAGAUCGCAAGUAAAAACUGAUCGCCAAGGACCCAGCAAUGUAGACAUUUAGUUUAAAAAACAUAAUAUUUUAAGUAUGAAAUUCUAUAUGUUAUAAAGUUUUAUCAAAUAAAGAAAUUAUAAAAAAAAUAUAAU